GUGAUGGCGGCGACCUUCUUCACGCUUCGUCUCCGGUUCGUCGCAGUUGCUCCCGCCGUCGCGAAGCUCUCAUUAGUCGCGGGAGCCGCAUAACAAAGAUGGCGGCCACCCUUCUUCACGCUUCAGUCUCCGGUUCGUUGCUGUAGCUCCCGCCGUCGCGCAGCUCCGAUCAGUGGGGAGCUGUAUAACUCUCUCUCUCUCUCUCUCUGGUGACAGUUUUCAAGAUUCGUCGCCAAUCACCGAGAGUCCAUUGUCGUUGGCAGCACAACCCAAUUGGGACUUUGCUAUGGGAACACGAAGCCUUUUAUGGGAUAUCACAAAGAAGUAUUUUACAGUGGGUUUGAUUGGGCUUACUGUUUCAGAUCGAUAUGCAAGUAUAGUGUCUGUUCGUGGCUCCUCUAUGUCUCCUGCAUUUAAUCCCAGAAGUGACACCAAUGACUAUGUGUUGGUGGAGAAAUUCUGCCUUGACAAGUACAGAUUUUCACAUGGCGAUGUUGUAGUCUUCAGCUCGCCUAACAAUCACAAGGAGAAACACAUAAAGAGGAUAAUAGGAUUGCCAGGUGACUGGAUAGGAACACCCAAUUUGGAUGAUGUGUUGAAGGUUCCGGAAGGACACUUUUGGGUUGAGGGAGAUAAUUCUGUUUCUAGUCUGGAUUCAAGAUCCUUUGGCCCGAUCCCUCUAGGUUUGAUUCGUGGAAGAGUGACCCAUGUUGUGUGGCCACCUCAGAGAAUGGGUCGCGUUGAAAGAGAAACUAAUCAGCGUCCACUUUCCUCCUUACAAGAUAGGCCCGAAUUCUACUGAGGCUGGAGUGAUUUUGUUGAUCAUUUUAUGGGUUGCCUCUUCUAAGCAUCAACCCUGUUUUAUACUCUUAGUUUCUUUGAAAUGCUCUGGUGUAAAACAGGCUGUUGUCAGUUCAGGAUUUACUCCUUUCUUCUGCUUCAUAUCACCAAUUUUGUAUUUCAAGAGAUCAGUCAACAAUUUUGGAGAAACUGGAGGAAAUUUGUUGUAUGUUCAUGUUAGGCAUCUGUUGAUUCAUUUAUUUUCUAAAACACAAGUGCUCACUCAUCGUCUUGAGCACUGUUAUAAUUACCAUUCCGAGUCUCUUUUACUUG